AUGCGCUUCCUUCAGCUUGUGACAUGGGCGGUAGGUGUUGCGGCUACCGUCCGGACUUCUACGCUGUCGGUGGCUGGUGUCCGAUCUCUGGUGCAGCGCCGUCUCCCAAAGCACGCGGAUUCAUUCAUUUUCGAGAUCGCGACGACAGUCUCCAACAAUAGCUCAACCAACUCAGAGCAUGAUAGCUACGCAGUGUCUAGCACGAACGACGGCAAGAUCAAGGUUCAAGCCAACUCCGUCAGUGGGUUGUUGUCGGGGCUUCACAAGUAUCUAUCCGGCUCGGCUCACGUCGAUGUUUGGUGGUUCAUUGGCAGCCAGCUGGACGCUGCGCCUUCAACCCUACCAGCCUUGUCUGCGCCCCUAGAGGGUUCCAGUAUUGUUCCCUGGCGAUACCAUUUCAAUACAGUCACUACUUCGUAUACCUCUGCGUUCUGGAGCUGGGAGGAAUGGGAGCUGCAGCUUGACUGGAUGGCGCUCCAUUCCGUCAACCUCCCCUUGGCAUGGAUUGGAAUUGAAAAAAUCUUCAUCGAAGCCUUUCAAGAGCUAGGAUUUUCCGACGAUGAAAUCAAAGACUUCCUCUCUGGCCCGGCCUUUCUCGCCUGGAACCAUUUUGGAAACAUCCAAGGGUCAUGGGGUGGAGAUCUGCCCUUCUCGUGGGUUGAUGAUCAAUUUGAGUUGCAGGAAAAGAUCGUGAAGCGCAUGGUUGAGCUUGGAAUGACUCCUAUUCUGCCCGCUUUCCCCGGUUUUGUGCCCGCGACCAUCUUGCAGCACUUCCCCAACGCCAACGUCUCCAACAGCUCAGCCUGGGAGCGCUUCGAUACCGAGUACACGAACGUCACUUUUCUAGACCCAUUCGAUGAGCUGUUCGGCCAGCUUCAACAUAGUUUUAUCAAUAAACAGAAGGAACACUAUGGGAACGUUUCGAGCUACUAUGCGCUCGAUCAAUUCAACGAGAACUCACCAUCGUCAGGUGAUACGGGCUACCUCGAAACGCUCAGCUCUAACACGUGGAAGACCCUCAAGAAGGCCGACCCGGAUGCCGUAUGGGUCAUGCAGAGCUGGCUCUUCUCGUCUGACAGCGCAUUCUGGUCCAGUGAACGGAUCAAGGCGUUCCUAGGGGGAGUAACAGAGAACGCCGAUAUGUUGAUCCUGGAUCUCUUCUCCGAAUCGACACCACUUUGGCAAAAGACCGAGUCGUAUUAUGGCAAGCCGUGGAUCUGGUGCCAGCUACACGACUACGGACACAACAUGGGUCUCUAUGGACAGAUCAUGAACAUCACCGUGAACCCAAUCCAGGCUCUGGAUGCCGAGUCAAGCACCAUGGUAGGAUUUGGUCUGUCCAUGGAAGGCCAGGAGGGUAAUGAGAUCGUGUACGAUCUGCUACUUGACCAAGCCUGGAGCACCACUCCCAUUGACACGGAGGAGUACUUCCACGACUGGGUCAGCACCCGAUAUGGAGCCAGCAGCAACACAAUUCCGAAGGGGUUAUACGCAGCUUGGGAAAUCGUGCGCCCAACAGUGUACAACAACACGCACAUGGCAGCCAAUGCGGUGCCUAAAUCCAUCUUGGAGCUCGUCCCCAGCACGACGGGGAUGAUCAACCGUACAGGCCACCAUCCUACAACCUUGAAUUAUGAUACGUCCAUUCUGGUCGAUGCAUGGGGUGAGAUGUACGCCGCAGGAAAAGAGGAGCCCGCGCUGUUUGAGAAUGCAGCAUACCAGUACGACCUAGUUGACUGGACUCGACAGGUGCUCGCCAACGCGUUCAUUCCAAUGUAUCAGCGAUUGGUUGAAACUUACAAUGGGACUGGUUCUAGCGCCAACCAGACAAGCCCGGCCAAUAAGUGUGACCUUCAGAAGCAGGGCCGGCAAAUCACCUCCCUGCUCACCUCUCUCGAUGCUGUGCUCGCAACCAACAAGAACUUCAGACUAUCUACCUGGAUCGAAGCAGCUCGCGCGACUGGCCACACAGGUGCUGGGGAGGAUGUCGCCGAUUUCUUCGAGUAUGAGGCACGAACACAAGUCACGCUAUGGGGUCCCAAGGGAGAGAUCUCCGACUAUGCAUCCAAGUCUUGGGCAGGUCUUGUCUCGCACUACUACCUCCCCCGAUGGCAGCGCUUUGUUUCGUACUUGAUUGCCACGCCACCUGCUAGAUAUAAUCAGACGGCCUUUGCCGCUGAUUUGCUAAGUUGGGAGGAGAAGUGGAUUGAGCAAAAGACGGGCGGGAGAGAGUUGGGAGACGUAUCUGGCCGUGGACUAGAGGUGGUUUUGCGCGAGGUUGUGGCCAAGUGGCCGUCCAUUUUCAAUGCCGCUGCUUAG